CAUUUCACAAAGAAGAAAAAGAAGAACCGAAACAACGAAACGAUGGGAACAACUUUAAAAGGAUUCAGAUAUGUCCUAUUUGUUGGAGCAAUUGUUGGUGGAAUCGGUGCCACCUUAUAUCCCAUAGUCAUUAAGCCUAUGAUGGGUGUUGACGACUACAAAGAACUGAGGAAGAAAGUUGCCGGCGAAGUCCGAAAGCACUGACCACAGGUUGUCGGCGACAGAGUGAAGCGUUUGAUAUAAAUAUUUAUUACCUAAUAAAUAGUCUAUUUUAAUUUUAAUGGAACCUACGCCUAUACAUUACAUGCAUUUGCUGUACUGUGUAAAGCACUGUAAGAUGUAUCUAUUAUGUUAAUAUUAUUUAGAGUUAAUAAAAUUUGUUUGCUUUACAAUAA